GCCCGCGGCCCCGCCCUGCGGCCAGGCCGGGAGGCGGCGGCGGAGACAGAGGUACAGGUGCCUCCGCCCGGCGACCGCCGCCCGCCAGCCCGCCCGCCUUGGCAUCAGGCCUUCACGGCCCCUCUCCCGCCUCACACUCCGGCCUCCUCACCGCCCGGCCAAAUGCAGGCCGUCGCCCUCCCCGAGGAGAUCCGUUGGCUCAUGGAAGAUGCUGAGGAGUUCUUGGCAGAAGGUUUGCGGAAUGAGAACCUCAGUGCUACUGCAAAGGACCACAGAGACCAUAUACUAAGGGGCUUCCAGCAAAUCAAAACUAGGUACUAUUGGGAUUUUCAGCCCCAAGGGGGAGACCAAGCUGAAAGUUUCCUUGGACAGGACAGCUCUGAUGAUAACCAUAGUGGAACUCAUGGCCCCUCUCUCACAUCAGAUGCACCUUUUUUGCCCGAUUAUCAGGAUGAGGGAGUGGAAGACAUCACAAGAGGAGCUCAAGAGCUGGAUAACAUCAUCAAGCAAGGAUACUUGGAGAAGAAAAGCAAAGAUCAUAGUUUCUUUGGAUCGGAAUGGCAGAAACGAUGGUGUGUCAUCAGCAGAGGCCUCUUCUACUACUAUGCUAACGAGAAAAGCAAGCAGCCCAAAGGGACCUUUCUCAUUAAGGACUACAGUGUCCGGAUGGCCCCGCACCUGCGAAAAGAUUCCAAGAAAGAAUCCUGCUUUGAACUGACCUCCCAGGACAGGCGCAGCUAUGAGUUUACAGCUGCUAAUCCAGCUGAGGCCAGAGACUGGGUGGAUCAAAUAAGUUUCUUGUUAAAGGAUCUGAGCUCCUUAACCAUUCCAUAUGAAGAGGAGGAGGAAAAGGAGGAAGAAGAAGAGAUGUAUGACGAUAUUGAUGGCCUUGACUCCCCGAAUUCCAGUUCCCAGUGCAGACCCGUCAUCUUGCCUGGGAGUGUGGGGCUAAAAGAGCCCACAAAGGAGGAGGAAGAAGAUAUUUAUGAAGUCUUACCAGAUGAAGAGCACGAUCUGGAAGAGGAUGAGAAUGGGACUCCACAUAAAGGAGUGGACUAUACCAAUUAUUACCAGGGCCUAUGGGAUUGCCACGGUGACCAGCCAGAUGAACUAUCCUUCCAACGGGGUGACCUCAUCUACAUUCUGAGCAAGACCAAAACCCUGAAUAAUGGAAAAAAGAGAAAGUGAUUGCCAAGAACUUAAACCAUGGUUUGAAACAGCCCAGGGAGGCAGCCAAGCUACCCAAGGUUUCAGCGGAGCGCUGAGUGCUCCAGUCAGUCCUCUGACAGCUUCCAACAUCACGAAUCCACCGUCCACCUGACUGACCACUUCCUUUUUCCUUCUGCAAAAUGUCUCUUAUGCUGCAAAGCAGGCACCUGCUUGUCUUUGGUGAACGAUCCCUGUCCCCCGCCUUGCUCUCCUCAGCAGUUGGAAGGGCGCUGAGUUAGAGCCCUCAAUUUAUUUAAUAAUUUAUGACAUCCUCAGAAAGCAUUAAAUUUCCAAAGCUGGAUUUAAGGAGUAGAGAAAUUGAGGGCCAACCCAAGAGUAAAAAUACGAUGUUUUUGGCUGACCAUGGGAUAUUACAAUCUACUCUGCUUAGGAAUUCGAAUUUCCCAUCUUUACUUAUGAUGAUGUCAGAUGCAGAACCACUGAUAAAAGAAAUAAGCAAUCAUAAACCAAUAAUUCUGUGAUUCAUUGGCCCUUCCCAUACAUAUAUCAGGUACCUAUCGAUCUCUCAUGUCAGGAGCUGACUGAUUGUUCUCUUGAAGAGGAAUCCUCUUACUUACAAGCGCUGAUACAGUGAACUUUGAUGGUUAAAAGAACAAAAUGUGAGACAUUUUCCGGGAAUCUUGUUCCAUGGAGGCUUAUCGAAGCCCAACUCAGGGUGAGCAGAGAACAUCUCUGUUAGGAGCAUUCUCAGGGUAGACAGCAUCAAGCGGCUUGUUCCCAAAGCCAUCAUGUGGCUUUGAACAAGAGCCAUGAGAAGACAGCACAACUUUUAAGUCACAGUUAAAGGGAUGGGGCCUUGGUGGUACACCUGAAAGUAAUAUAACAUUGUACAUCAAGUAAAUGUCAAUAAUAAAAGAAAAAAGAGAGAGAAAGACGGUGCCUUAGAAGGAAUGAGCAAGCCUGGUCAGCCUUAGAAGAAGGAACAGACUCUUCUGCAGCUGGAAGGCUGAAGCCUAGAAAGCCAGCAUGGCAGGAACAAGGAUUCCUGAUUUCCUUUCGCUGUGUUUUUAAACGCGGAGGCUGGGGAGAGGGUGGAUGGAGAGGGCCACACUGGGCCAAAGUGUGGAUCCAGGCCAGAGAGAUCAUUGUAUUUUCCCCCAAGAGCACUGGUUCAUAAACUGUAGAGGGUUCACAAACCCUUAGAGCAUCUGACAGAGGUUCUGGACCUCACCCCAGGGACAAGACACAUGUACACGUGCACGCACAAUUUUACACCAAUUUCAAGGAACUCAAAGAUCCCUUCGUGUCCAUCCGUGGACAGGCCAGGGGUUCGCAGACUCCAUUUUAAGAAUCUGUGCCCUAGAGGGUGGUGCUUUCCUUUCGUUGGAACAGCCUAGGAUUCACUGAGCCUAGAAAUUGAAUUCUUAUCCCAAGACAGGAUGGUCAUUCCAGGUCAUGUCUGUGCUACUCCAGGGGAGCCAUGGAAGAGCUUAUACAAAUAGGAACCAGCAGGGAGGAGAGAAAUUAAAAUGUAGCAAUCAUGGAGUAGGGGUAUUUAAUCUCUUUUAAGGCUUAUGAUAGGCGCCUGCUGGUUUUCCCCCUGAUAUCCCCUGACACCUACUGACAGGGUAUUUGCAGCACCACACAGGGACUCAGGGCCCUGUGACAGGAGGAGCGCUGAGGAGGUCCAUGAUAGUCUUGAAACCAUAAACAGCAAUAGGAAACCACUGGAGGCAGAGUCAAGCUGUGCAACGUGCCCGUGGUUGGUGGCCAUACUGCUUUUUGUUUAUAGAAUUUGCUGUUCUUUUUAUGGCAGGUUUGGUAGGGUUGGGUUUUUUUUCCUUGUUGAUGGAGAUUAGCAGCAUAAAUCCUUUUAUGGCAGUGUGCAAUCCCCAUAAACACUUCUGAUUGUUGCUGAUGGUGAGCGCUGUGUCUAUUUCAAGUUCACUCAAUGUUCUGCUCAUCUAGGCCAAUAGCUUGUCCAGCCAGAUAAGGGAGUCCAAAUAACCAACCUUUACUUUUAAGAUCCCUUCAUCUGGGGAGUUCAAGGAGGUGGGACAGGGUUGGUGUUGAGGGAAACGGAUAUUUAAUCAAGCCUCAAGAUAAUAACGAUGAGAACAAACCACACGUCGUACUAUUUUUGAGUGAAAAGCUUCUAAAAAGACUUUGUGAUGACAAGCAAGUGCCUAUGUUAAGGGUUUGGUUCCUUUUUAAAAAAAAAAAAACAGCUUUUUAUAUUCUUAUCUAAAGCAUCUUCAGUUAACAAUUUUGUGUAAUUAACCUCUUAGCUCUACCAUACAUGAUGUAUAUAGAGUUAAGGACUGAGGAGCCUGUACAGUUCUGAUUCCUUAACAUCAUGGCCACAUAUCCCCACCUUGGAGGUAGAAACACUUCCACGUUGAGGAUUUUAGGUCUCCCGGGAGCAUCUCAGCACUUUUUCUGGUUUUUCAAAACAUCUGGGCACAAGAAGUCAAACUUCAUUGAAAACGUUGAUCCCAAGAAUUCAGUUCUCUCUCCCAUCUCAAAACUAAAAUCCAAGGAUCAGCAACUUCAUAAAAAUGCAGUAAAUUAGCACCUCUAGACAAGAGCAGAGUUCAUUCAGAGCCGGGGUCUGCCUGGCUGAGCCAGUACUCUCUCCAUUUUAAUAGUUUAAUAAAAAUUAGCAUAAUUAACGAACAUCUGUAUGAUCCAGAGUGGUGCAAUUUGGCACUUGGAAACGAGGGCUUAAACAUGAUUGCUGUGAGUUUAAUGUUGUUUUAAUUCUUUUUGGCACUGUGCAGUGAAAUGAACGUUUGGUGGUGAUA